AUGGCCGGAGUUCUGAACUUCACACCGACUCCGGUUUUCCGGCCACUCUCGAGUCGUAGAACACCAACCAGUAGGUUUUCUAUUAAAUCAUCGUCUAAUUUCUCUGAAACGCCUCUCACUUCCACUUCUGUGAGCACCAAAGAAGAACCAAAUUUAGGGUCUUCGACUUCGACUCUGACGUUCUCGCCGCCACCCAAUUUCAAGCCUCCUGAGCCUAAGAGGUUUUCGAUAAGACCCGACAAGGUUUUGGACAUCUUGGCAGCUUCUCUUGCUCUGAUUUUUCGCCUUGGGACCGGUGCUUUAGUUUCUGGGUAUUCAGCGUCUUUUGUGCCCAAAAAUGAGUUUCCAUCUGACCAAUAUGCACUUGAAAUUGCUGGUUAUAAGGUGAAAGAAACUUCAAAACUAGGCCCCCGCCCUGAGAAGCCUAUUGAAAUAUAUGAAUUCGAAAGCUGCCCAUUUUGUCGAAAGGUCAGGGAAAUUGUUGCAGUGUUAGAUCUUGAUGUCUUGUUUUAUCCUUGCCCAAGAAAUGGUCCAAAUUUCCGUCGCAAGGUUGCUGAGAUUGGUGGAAAGCAGCAGUUCCCUUACAUGGUGGAUCCAAAUACAGGAGUUGCAAUGUAUGAAUCAGAUGAUAUAAUUAAGUAUUUGGUUGGAAAAUAUGGUGAUGGAAACAUCCCUUUCAUGCUGUCACUAGGUCUACUUACGACGUUAACGGCAGGUUUUGCCAUGAUUGGUCGCAUGGGAAAGGGAUCUUCUUAUUCUCCAUCAAAAAUGCCACCAAAAGCUCUUGAAAUAUGGGCGUACGAGCCUUCCCCUUUUUGCAAAGUUGUUCGUGAAGUACUUGUAGAGUUAGAGCUACCACACCUACUUCGCAGUUGUGCUCGUGGCAGCCCAAAACGACAGGAACUAUAUCAGAAAGUUGGACAUUUUCAGAAGAUCCAAAUACCGGGGUGCAAAUGUUUGAGAGCGCAGAGAUAGUUGAAUAUUUGAAAGCAACUUAUGCUCUUUAAGAAGGAAGGCUUUCCAAUAUGUUUUGAGGUUUUUCUUUAUAUGCUCCUGUAAAUAUUGAAUCUUCUAAAUUUUUUUUCUUAACACAUCAGUAUGGAUUUUCUUGUCACUGUAAAAAUGUGUGUAGAUGCAUUGAAUGAAUCCAAGUUGUGAUGGGAGAUCAAACAAACCAUUGCUCAAGUGUAUAUCCAAAACUUUUUUAUGUUACUCAAGAGGGUUCUGUUGAAUAAAUGACAAU